AUGUUGCUGAGCGACCGCGAUUGUUGCGGAGCGGUUCUUACGCUUCUGAUAAUACUCUGCAACCGGAAGAAGGAACAAUCGAAUAAUCAAAGGGAGAUUAACAUUCAAAACAUUCCUUCAACUGCGACCUCCCCUGGAUUUACGCUGAACUUUUUGAAUUUGGGAGAGGGGUUUACAUACGAGAAGAUUCUUCGUGCGACAUAUAAUUUCAGUGAUGGGAAUCUAAUUAAAAAGGGUCAUUCAGGAUAUCUUUUCAGGGGAUUAUUGGAAAAUGGAACAUUUGUGGUGAUUAAACGAGUGGAUUUGUCUUAUGAGUCAGAAUUAGACUUUUUCAGCAAGGUUUCUCAUUCAAGAUUUGUUCUUCUUUUGGGAUAUUUCUUAGAGAAGGAAAAUGAGAAAUUUUUGAUUUACAAACAUAUGCCCAAUGGCGAUUUGAUGAGCUCUUUCUAUACGAAGAAGAAAAUAGAGGAUGAUAGUUUACAAUCACUAGAUUGGAUAACGAGAAUAAAAGUUGCAAUUGGAGCUGUAGAGGCUCUAUCUUAUAUGCAUCAUGAAUGUUAUCCGACAAAAGCAGUUCUGAUAUGUUCAUCAACAUUGACAUUUGCGAAUGACGUAUACUAUUUCGGAAAGGUAUUGUUGGAUUUGAUAACGGGCAAGAUAGAACUGGAUGGAUCAAAUGAUGAAUAUUCAAUAAAGGAAUGGUUAGAAGAAAGUUUACCUUGUAUAAGUAUAUAUGAGAAGGAGCUUAUAACAAAUAUUGUGGAUCCAUCACUAAUCAUAGAUGAAGAUUUGUUAGAAGAAGUAUGGUCAAUGACUAUUGUUGCCAAAUCUUGCCUAAAUCCAAAACCAUCUAGAAGUCCAUUGAUGAGAUAUGUUGUGAAAGCAUUGGAAAAUCCUUUGAAAGUCAUAAGGAUUGAAAAUACAAGCUCUGGCAAGUUAAGAACUAUUUCAUCGAUAGGUUCUUGGAAUACUGUGUUUCUUGACAGUUGGUGUCAUAGUAGUUCGUCUGAUGUAGGCAAGGAAGGGAUAACCUCUUUCCAUUGA